UUCUUUCUUCUCACAGCCUUUACACAGAGGCCACAGCCAGCCAGCCACCAGGUGCUCUGCUUCUCUCUCUCUCUCUCUCUCUCUCUCUCUGUGGCCAGGCCACGCAUAAAUUGUCUUCACAUUUAUUCCGUAUAUGUCUGUGCAGCUCAGCUUACCACGCCACAUCUCACCAAAUACCCAAAUAUGUACCCGCCCACUGACCUUCCUCUCCUCUGACCUCUCUCUCCUCUUCACUCUUUGCCUAUGAGACUCCCCUUCCCCACUAUUCACUCCCAUUGCACUUCCCAUGCACUUCCCUCUCUCCCCUUCUCUUUGCCUUUCUUCAAGCCCUCCCCUCGCCGUCCUCCGCGGGGGGUCCGUAUGGACUCUUCCGACCGACCCAUUUCUACUCUCUCCCUCCGCCGCCAGAAGGACAAGAUCCUCGUCAUCAUGGGAGCCACUGGCUGUGGUAAAUCAAAACUCUCUAUUGAUCUUGCCACCCGGUUUCAAGCAGAAAUCAUUAACUCCGAUAAAAUGCAAGUCUACAAAGGACUCGAUAUAACUACCAACAAAAUCCCGAUUCACGAGCGUAACGGCGUCGCUCACCAUUUGCUAGGCGUCUUUGACCCGCUAGAUGGGGAGGUGAGCGCUUCCGAGUUCCGUUUGACGGCUGGGUUGGCUAUCUCGGAUAUUUUAUCCAGACAAAAGCUGCCUAUGGUAGUUGGUGGGUCCAACUCAUUUAUUCAUGCUCUGGUUGUUGACCGGUUUAAUCCCGAUUUAGAUGUUUUUGGUGGGGCAUCGAACCCGGUGUCGACCCAGUUAAGAUACAACUGUUGUUUUGUAUGGGUGGACGUCUCAUUACCUGUCCUCGAGGAUUAUUUAUGCUACAGAGUCGAUGAAAUGCUGGAGUCGGGGAUGCCUGAGGAAUUAUCGGAGUACUACAGAUGGGAAGACCCUGCCAGUCAACCCGGUUUGAGGAAGGCAAUAGGAGUGCCAGAAUUUGAACGAUACUUUAAAAGGUAUCCGCCGGGGAGAGCAGGAGCAGGAGCAGGAGGAGGGGAGUGGGACGAGGCACAGAGAAGAGAAUACGAGGAGGCGGUGAGGGAGAUAAAGGAGAACACGUGUGAACUGGCGAAAAGACAGAUAGGUAAAAUGAUGAGAUUAAAAGGGGCGGGAUGGGAGCUACAGAGAGUGGACGCGACGGAGGCGUUCAGGGAGGCGAUGAAGGUGAGGACGGCGUCAGAUAGCAGCAAAAAUAAUAAAAAAAAGAAAAGAAAGAAGAAGAGGUGGAUGGAGGUUUGGGAGAGAGAUGUGGUUCAGCCAAGCAUGAAGAUUGUGAACCGCUUCUUGGAGGAGUAGGUUUUCCAUCCAGCUUUUUCCAGCUAUCAUUUUUCAGUUUUAAAAAAAUUUCCUUCUCUCUCUCUCUCUCUCUCUCUCUCUCUCUCUCUGUCUUUCUUUCUCAACAUUUUCUUUUCUUUUCUUUUCUUUCCCUAGAAAAAGGAUACAAAGAAAAUUAAGACCAAAACGGUAGUCAGUUUUGCAGCAUUAGGACACCAUUGACCCCUGCAGUUGCUCUGUUUAUGAGAAUGGGUUACUUGAGUUAAAACAUAAUACAGGGGAAAAAAACAAGAAUUUUUGAAUUCUGGAGAGAUACAUUGAGUGGUCUUUUUGAAUGUUAUUUGUUAAUACCCAACAGAGUGGUUUGGUGUUA